UGCGUCCUGUAUCAGGUCCUUUACCUUCGUCAACUUCCUGUUGACAUCUCUGAUCAGGAAGUUCUUUCUCUGGCACACCCCUUUGGCUGAGUUACCAAACUCAUCACGCUGAGGACCAAAAGCCAGGCAUUUUUUUAGAGAUGGCGACAGAAGAAGCAGCCGUUACCAUGGUGAACUACUACGCCUCGGCUCCGCCCACCAUCAGGAACCAGCCGGUCUUCAUUCAGUACUCCACGCACCGGGAGCUCAAAACUGACAAUCUGACCAAUCAGAGGGCUCAGGUGGCGCUGCAGGCCAUCAGCGCAGCAGCAGUGCAUUCUGGGAACAUGUCUUCAGGAAAUGGGCGGGGCGUAGUUCCUGCUCAGAGUCCGGUUCUGAGAAUCAUCGUGGAGAACUUGUUUUAUCCAGUGACUCUGGAGGUUCUGCAGCAGAUCUUCAGUAAAUUCGGCUUUGUGUUGAAAAUCAUCACCUUCACCAGAAACAAUCAGUUUCAGGCUUUGCUGCAGUUUAGUGACGCCAUGCACGCUCAGCACGCCAAGGCUGCUCUGGAUGGUCAGAACAUCUACAACGGCUGCUGCACACUCCGGAUCGACUUCUCCAAACUGAGCGCGCUCAACGUCAAAUUCAACAACGACAAGAGCCGCGACUUUACCAGAACCGACCUGCCGAGUGGAGAGCUGGAGCCCGCAGCCGCCUUCGGUGUAGCCCUGCCGCCUUACGGAGCAGCAUCGUUCUCUCCCACCUUCCACCAACACACAGGUCUGCCUGUGGCAGCCGUCCCCAGCUCGUUGGCGUUUCCUCCUUGCAUGGCACUGCAGGUGGCGCCCCCUGCCAUCCACUCGGUGCUGCUGGUGUCCAACCUGAACUCAGAGAAAGUCUCUCCUCACUCCCUCUUCAUCCUGUUCGGUGUUUACGGGGAUGUUCAGAGAGUGAAAAUCCUCUUCAAUAAGAAAGAAAAUGCUCUGGUUCAGAUGAGCGAUGCGACUCAGGCCCAGCUCGCCAUGGGUCACCUGAACAGCCAGCGUCUCCAUGGUAAUGUGAUUCGGGUGACUCUGUCCAAACAUCCUGUGGUGCAGCUGCCUCACGAGGGGGCGGGGCAAGAGGAGCAGGUGCUGACUCAGGACUUUUCCGGCUCCGCACUCCACCGCUUCAAAAAACCCGGAUCCAAAAACUUCAACAAUAUUUUCCCUCCAUCUGCGACACUGCACCUGUCCAACAUCCCCACUUCCAUCUGUGAGGACACACUGAAGGACUUAUUCUCCUCCAGAGGAUUCACCUUCAAAGCCUUCAAGUUUUUCCAGAAGGACAGGAAGAUGGCUCUGAUGCAGCUGGCGUCUGUGGAGGAGGCUAUUGAGGCUCUGAUUGAGCUGCACGACCACCAACUGGACCACAACCAGCACCUCCGUGUCUCCUUCUCCAAGUCCACCAUCUGACAGCCGCCCCCUUGGAGCUCGGCAGCCAAUCAGAGCGCGGGACCUCUCGAUUGGCCCUCGGCAGCAACAGACAGACCAAUGGAGAUCAAAACUCUGUGCCUGCAAGCCGCCUGGCAUGGACCACAACUCGUCAUGGUUACAGAGCACAUUCCAGAUCAGGGCAGCAGAGCAUUGUGGGUAACGGAGUCCAACAAAGAGCUGGAGUGAGUGUGAAGCUUCUGUGUUUAAAUGUUUACUUUAUGUGUAUCAGAAAAAGAGUCAUCAGGAAAACAGAACCUGCCUUUUACCAGAACUGCUCUUAGUGCAAAUGUUUCCAAAUAUUUGUACAAAGUUUUAUCUUUAUGUUUUUAUGUUUCAUUAAACGGGCAGAGGCCUCCAUGUUUAACUGCCCCCCUCUUAAUGCUGUUAUUGAUGGUAUCAAUAGUCUGUGAAUAGCAAGCGGCCAUCAGGGCACUAACGAUCAGUCGUUAGGC